CCUCUUGGGCUGCGUGCGGUCGUGGGCACACACACGCAUGUUUGUGGAGAGGGGCACGCAAGUUGCCAUGGAGCAGUGUAACAUCACUUCUGCCACCCAGAAAGCCUUUUUCUUAAUUUCUGGGCCCUCUCCUCGCUCCUACCGUGGAUGAUGUAAUAAGCACUCGGUAUCUAUGCGGUGUCCUGCUCUUGUGGAGUUAGAUAAGAACGGAAGAUCCCAGAGCAGAGGGAGCAGCCGCCAUCUGUUUGAAUAGAUGGGUCUUAAUGAACCUGUCAAAAUCAACAAAUAUACGCGACAGAGGAAUUUGGCCCCAAACACCUCCUGAUGCCGCUGUCGGCAACCAAAAGACUCCCAAAGAGAGUCCUGCCUGUCGCCCAGAUGCCUACUAAUAGCUUUAAUGUAUUCAGCCCAGCCUCGUUUUAUUUCAGAUAUAAUUUCAAUCACCAGAUUUAAUACAUGAUUUGCAGUGAUUGCCUCCUGAUUUACCCACUCGAACUGCAAAAGGAAUGCAUUAAGGAGGGCUGAGUUGCCGUGCUUUGCUGGUGUCCUGAGUGUGAGCUGUUUCUCCUGUUACUCACCAGCAGCUCAGACCUUUUCCACCCACCAAGUUUGACUGUUUUCCAUGUAGCAGCUGCAUCCCCCUUAGUACACGCCACGCUGUGUCGCGCUAAUUCACUGGGCGCCUUGCAAGCUUGUCUCGGCUCUCGGUGGCUUUUGGAGUGUGUUGAAAGUCGUCAGGAUACAGACGGGCUCCGCUGGGAAAUGAUAGCGGGACGAGAUCGGCUGCGGGAGCGGCUCGCGGAGCUCUGGCCAGGCUGUGGCUGCCUGUAACUCCGCCGGAGGAGAGGUGCGUGAUCCUGUCUCGCUCGAUGUGCUUGCUGGACUACAAGAGGAUCUCCUCAUUGCCUGGGAAAUCAGAUUUCCCCAUUGUUCAGCUGUAAAAUAGCUGCACAAGGCCGUGAUUGGCAAAGGACUGGAUCACCCAGGUUGCUUACAUCACGUAGGCAGCUGCCACCGAAAUGACACACUUGAUUGAAGGCCAAAAGAACCAUAUACGUAACUGCCUGUGAUUAAGCUCCAUAUGAUGCCUCAGAGCAAGUAAAAACCCCUCCUUCAUCUCAUCUUGCUUGUAACGAGACAACCGUUGCAGGGAUAUCAUUUGGGUCAUGUUGUGGCUUUUGGGGGAUUUUUUUUGUUUUGUUUUGGGUUUUUGGUUUUUGGGUUUUCUUGCUUCUGGCUGUAAACUUCCAUGACCUGCACCAAUCUGCCAUUGCACCCUCGCGCGAUGCCCCAUGAGAGCCUGGUGCUGUAGGCGUGCUGGUAGCUGGGAAUACAAAUUUUGCCAGGGAGAAGAUGCCAUUCCACCAUGUAACAGCUGGCUUGUUGUACAAAGGCAACUACCUGAACCGCUCACUCUCCGCUGGCAGCGACAGUGAACAGCUAGCGAAUAUCUCGGUGGAGGAACUGGAUGAAAUCCGUGAAGCUUUCCGGGUGCUCGACAGGGAUGGGAAUGGCUUUAUAUCCAAGCAGGAGCUGGGCAUGGCAAUGCGGUCCUUGGGAUACAUGCCCAGUGAGGUGGAGCUGGCAAUUAUCAUGCAACGCCUUGACAUGGAUGGGGAUGGCCAGGUUGAUUUUGAUGAAUUUAUGACUAUUCUGGGACCUAAGCUGGUAUCAUCGGAAGGCAGAGAUGGCUUUCUGGGAAAUACAAUAGACAGCAUAUUCUGGCAGUUCGACAUGCAGAGGAUAACGCUGGAAGAGCUGAAACACAUCCUCUACCAUGCCUUCCGGGACCACUUAACGAUGAAGGACAUUGAGAACAUCAUCAUCAAUGAAGAGGAGAGUUUAAAUGAAAACUCUGGCAACUGCCAAACAGAGUUUGAAGUGCACGCCCAGAAGCAGAACAGACAGACCUGCGUACGGAAGAGCCUUAUCUGUGCAUUUGCCAUGGCCUUUAUUAUAAGCGUGAUGCUGAUUGCAGCCAACCAGAUCCUGCGGAGCGGCAUGGAGUAGCCUCUCGCCAUGACACUGUGAACCAAACUGACCAUGCAUGCGCAUGCCACCGGGUGAGCUUCCCCCGAACUGACUCUCACACGGCAAAGAGACAGAGGCAGGCAGAUAAAGCACCAUUCGACAAGGAGCCUGAGGCCAGCAGCGUAAUGUGUCUUGUGAAUCAACUACAUCCUUUUGGCAGGGACAUAAAAGGGCUGUCUUAAUGCUUUAAAGGUUUUGUUUCCUAAUGCAAUAAAAAAAAAUAUACAGGAGUCCCGAAUUAUUGCUUCAAAACAGCAAUGGUAACUUGGAAGACACUUUUUGCAGUUUUAAGGAGGCACAGCCUCAUGACUUAUUGCAGCGGGGCUGUCUUUUAACCUAGGGGCCGACUGACUAUUCUGCGUAGCUCUCCGCUGGGCCCACAUUCCCAGGAAGUUGAUCGUAGCAUUGCCACAAGCAAGUUCUGUUCGUUUUAUUUCAUGUACUCCAGCUUCACUUUUUUUUUCCCUUAUGACCAUGCCUUUUGAUUUACGGCAUUAGAGGGGAGCUAAAGCAUCCUUGUACAGUAUUUUCAGAGUAAAAAAAAAAAAAAAAAAAAAGAGGAGAAUUUGCCAGCAUCAUACAAAAUUUCUAUUUUUGCUUCGUAAACGCCACCUUUGACACAAGACUGUGGGGUAGCAUGAGUCCAUUUGCUAUUUUAUUCUGACCAUGAAUCAGGGCUUGAGAAGUCCCACCCAUUUUCAUACAUGGGCAUUUCUGAGAUUUGUGCAGUCUUCCAACUGACUCUGCAACCACCAGCGCCAGUUAAAACUCCCUCUAUUUGGUCCUGUCUGCAAGCUCAACAACAUUUGCUUUCCAGCAGUUUUACCCUUCUUCUAUAUUGGUCUUCAGUAAACUUAUCUGAGACAAAAAUCAUGAGGAAAACUCAGAAAGAGCUUUUCUCCCCACUCGUCGUGUGCACAAUUUUUAUUUCCUUUCAUAUGCCCUGGUUGUAAUCUGCAGUGAAACCUUUGUGCCAGACACCUCGUGGGAGCGGUUAUAUUUUCACCUACACAGCAGUGUGUGGUUUUGACCAGCCAGCUGCUCUGGCCCCUCUCAGGAGUCGUCCCACCUCCACCGUGACCACCGUCCUAUGGGAAGCUCCAAAGAGGGUAAGCUGAAGGCAGACUGCCGCAGGAGAAGAAGGAACCAAACUAGAGCUUACCGCCAUAUGUUACGUAGUGUGUCAGACUUUCAGAUCCUGCAAGUGUUAGUUAUUUUUCCUGGAAGAGAUUUUAAUGAGCAGCCAGGAGAAGAUGGAGUGAUACAGACUAGAGACACAACACGUCCCAUGGAAAGUGCAAGGACUGGGUGAGCCUGGAGCCAGGUUUACAUUGGAAAGCAUUUUUCCUUUUAAACUUGAUGCAAAUCCUUACAUUUACCUUUGGAUGACCUGUGCACCUGCAUACCACCCCAGGAGAGCUGAUUUCCUUGCCCUCAUGGGGGAGGCUUCCCAGCUGGUGCUCAUGGGGAGCGCUCCUGGGGAGGUCCGUGGAGGCACCUGGGUGUUGGAGUUGCCGGUGGCUUCGUGAUGCCAGCUGGGCCAGCUCCAGAAACACGGGGGAACAGCGAGAUCUUGCUCCUGUAAAUGUAGAUGACUGUUUCCUGUGUCACGAGAGGGGGCUGGGUGGCUCCCCAAGGGAUGGCAAACCAUGAGCUUCCCUUGUCCUACACAGCAGCUGUCAGCUUAAGCCUGGAUCCGUCCCAAAGACUCGUUUCAGGUCUUUCUUUGAUUACAAGUUUGAUUGGUGACAUUUAACCUGUAUUUUUUCAUAGCCUAAUUUAAAAGUCUGCUUCUCAUUGUUCUGUCACCCAUCACCCCUUUAAACUCAUGUCACUACUUUGGAUUUUGCCUUUAGGUAUGUGUCUCAGGCGCCCACCUCCACAUCGUUGCCAUUUUCCUGGUGCCCCCUCUCCAUCAGCGAAGAGAACAGUCGUCUUUUCUGGAGCAGCCGAGUUUUUUUUUCUGCCUUUCACAAACACACGCUUCUGUAUUUCUGUUCUGCUGUGACUAAUAGAGGCCAACUGCAAAAUAGUCUGCAACACAUUGUUAAAUCUCACAGAACAUGGUGAGAUGUAUGUUUGCUAUAGGGCAGCAGGAGACUUCAAACCAACAGCAGAAAAAUCUUCAGCAAGCUCUGAGCACCGGAUCGCAGUGGUGGGGAGCCGAGGCAUGCUCCAGCACUUGCCACGCUGGAUGUUGCAGAUAACCAGCUCUGAGAUCAUUUUAAGGAAACUGUCAUCCACAUUUAUAGGUCUCAGGGGCAUGCAAAAAGGUGGCAGCAGCAGGAAAAAAGAAUUUUAAGUGUUACUUGCUACUGCGUAAUACUUAUUUUUUCCCUGGGGACUGUGUUGGAGUGAACAUGGGCAGUGGGGGCAGGGGGAGCAGAGAGGUGGGCACCAACCCACCAGCGCUGCUCAGUGAUGGCAGAAACAUGGGGGCAGAGCGGUGCGCUUCGCUGAGCCCCAAAACACAAGCUAACACACAGAGCCCAGGCAUUUCUCCACAUUCUUCUCACUCCUCUGACAGCUAAUACUAGGCAGGCUCCAAUUAUAAGAGCUACCUUACAGACAAGAUGAACUUUUGCAUUCCUUUAAGUUUUUGGAAGGUUCCAUAAUUUCUACACGUAUGCUCCAUAAAAACCUUUGUAAAUACAGUCAUUUUUCAGUAUAGUUUUUCACCUUGAAGCUCCAUUUGUAAAACCAAACCUAUAAUUACUAUAUCGGUAAAAGCCAUAGCCUGGUGUCAGUAGAGUUCAUUGCAAAACUCCCCACUGAUUUUACUAGGUACAGGAUUUGGGGGUGGGGUGGGGAGGGGUUGGGUUCACUUUUUCUGUAGGGAACAACAUUUAUCCAUUAUGAAUCAGCGUCAUGUCUUUCCAGAGGUCUCAGUUUCCUUCCUAGAGCAGCCUUUCUCCAUCUAAAGGCACCUUGAAGAGAUCCCCUCUUUAAUCAGUCAGGCUCUUCUGGUAAUCGGUGGCAACGCAGGAUGGAUCAGGCCAAGCCAUGUCAUCCUGUCCUCUCCCCACCACCUUUCUACCAACACCUUCCCAUCCUUCCUAGCCAGCAGCAUCGGACCUGCGUCUCUUACCUACCUCCCUGGCUCCAUUUAUGUAACAUCCAUUUAUCUUUUUUUUUUCUUCUUCUUCUAUACAAGAAGGAAGAAAAAAAAAAACACUUUUUGUUGCUUUUACAGACAUUAGGUAAAAAUAGAGCAGUGAAAUUUUGAUCAGAACCUGAUGGCAAAAGCUUAGGGGGAAGAAAGUAGAAGAAUCAAAGAAAUAAAAAUAAAAAACCCCCACAUCCCAUACUUUAAGGGGGAAAAAAACCCCAACCCACCACUAUUUAAGUGCUAAUUAACAUACUUUAAAAAAUACUCAGACUGCAGCAGUGCUAGGUAGAGCUGUCAGAAAAAGCACUAAACUUAUGCUUUUGCCAGUUACAUGAGAAUUUAAGUGUCUUUUCAGCACUGCAAUUCUGUAUGAAAAGGAUAUUGCCAUGGCAACCCUCGCUGUUCGUGACAUGUGUGCCACUGUGUCGGAGUGACAUGCAGCCAUCGCUGGCCAAACCCAGGCUGGACAAACACCUCCCAGCAGCCCGGGAUGGCAUUUCAGCUUGGAGAUUAGCAAAUUAUUAGCAAAUUGUGAGCACCACAAAGAGAACUCUGUUGGUUUAGCCAAAAAAAAAAAAAAAAAAAAAAAAGUGUGCAAUUAAACAGAUUGACGUGCAGGGAAGGCUUUGAGAUGGACAUGAUUAUUUUAGCUUGAGAGAGGCUUUGGUUCGGUUUGGGAGCAAAUGAAAUCAAUGUAGCACUGCUCGACACAGGCUGUCCUGUGCUUGCUGAGGACACUUUGAGCAGGACCUUCAUGUAGGGAUCGAUCUCUGAUGGAUUUGGGUUACUGCUCCUGCAAGGUACCGGGCUGCAUCACUGAUAACUAUUGACUUUUGCUUUAACCAUUUAAGUUUGAAGGCGCAUCCUGAUUUUCUGCUCCUGGAGAAGCCAAUGGAGGGUAUGACAGGCACUGAAGUACUUUGGAGGCCACGGAUAAGUGAAUGCCAGCAAAGGCUGCUGAAGGAACAUCACUUACCUGCCAGGUGCAGAGCUAUACCAUAAGGUCAGCCAUAAAUAAAACCACAGCUGAGGAGUUACUGGGCAGGAGAAGUGCAUCAUGGUGGUGGCAGUGGCCCUGGGGAGCAGGCUUCUGCCCACAGCAGGCUGUGCCACCCAAGGACUUCACUGGGCCUGACCCUCCUGCCAAGUCCACCACUGAGAAGCGAUUUCUAAUCUGAAGCAAUAUCAACAGUAAUUUAAAGAAUUAAACAGGGGGGGCAACUGGGAAAACUUGGCUUUAUUAGGGAGAAUUUGGUCUGCAUGCUGUUGGAGGUCAUAUAGGAUAAAAGAGAGUUCGCAAAGGAAAAGUAAUUAUUUUCCGUGUUUGAUGGGUAUCCACAAAUACGCAGGUUGCUAUUAGCAGACAUCCCGUCCUGAUGAAGUUGCUCCCAGAACCCCGGGACAAGGGUCCCCUGUGAGCAGAAAGGUGGGAGGUGGGAGGAGACCCAGAGACCUGCCCCUGCUCCCAGGGUGAGCUAGCGCUGAGUAUUUGGGUACAUCUGGCAAUUUGAAGAGGUCUCAUACAGACUAUUCAGUGGUUACUGGGAGCUCACGUGUUGAUGUGGUGCACUGGUAGGGCUGGAUGUUGGUUGCUUUACAUGGGAGACUUCCCACCACUUUGUAAAAGAAAAGCUCUGUACAUACAGAACCAUCUUUUUAGGCUGGGGCCAAGUAAAUGGUUUUUUUUUGGUCCUUCUCCCAUAAGAAAUAGGAUAGCAAGAAAGCAAAUCAAAAAAAGGCAGAAAGCAUUCCCAAGGAUGCUACUCUGGAUGGCUGAAGCCUGUUUGACAGGCUUGGAUGAGCAAAGUACCUACCGGUAAAUGUUUUCCACGGAAAGCAUGGGGAUAUUCUUUCACAAAAACCACGCUGCAUCUUUCUGCUUGCUGCAGAAAUCCAAAACAUCUCCUGGGACACCCAGAGGACUGUGACGGCCAUCCAAGGUCCAGGGCUGGCUCUGCUCAAGCUGACACACUGCUUUGCCAGGUGCCCGGUACAAGGACACUCUCGGCUUUUUCCACAAAAGACUCUCUCUCCCCACAUCAUGUGCACGUGCAUGGAGCGAGCAGCGCUGCAAGGGGCUGUCAUCGCACAAAAGCAAGAGGUGCACAGUCCCAAGUCAGACUUAGAUCUGCCAGGAGAGAAGCAGUAGGAGGAAUACAUUAAGAUCACUAAGAAUGAAAUUCCCUAUUUUAUCCACCCGUGUAAUAAAUUAUUUAGUUUCUGUUUUAUGGAUGACUAUUUGAAAGAAGAAAAAACAACUCUUCUAAAAUGAGAAUCUGAUGAAGUAUCUUUUUUCUUGGCUCUGAAUCAUGCUUACAUUGCACAGAUGAAGAUGUACAGAACUUGCUGGGUUUUAAUCUAUUAUUUUACUGUACUGUGUUCUGACAGUGCAAUUACAUUUCCCUGGCAUCACUUAAAACCUAUUACUUGCCCAGGAAUUUAGUACAGAAAAAGAAAAGGCUCACAACAUUUUCAUCUCUGUAUUGUCAGUUGUUAUUGGGACUGGAUCUUGUUUUUCUUUUGGUUUGGGUGGGGUUUUUUUUCAAUUCAAGUAAGACCUUUUAGGCAGCUCUAGGAACUGUAGAAUCUUCACCAAGAGCAGGAUGGACAGAAAACCUGACAACAAUGUUUUAAUUGGAAGAGUACUUCACUCCUACCUCUCCAGCAGCAAAAGUCUGAAAAAUUGCCUCAGUUUAGCAUCUUCAGUAGGAAAGGAUUUCAGCACCAAAAGCAAGGAGAAGAGAGGGAAAGGAGAAAAAGGAAAUCCUCUGGUGUUAAAGAUCAGUACUUGACAAUUUGAUGAUGAAAACAGUUUUUCUUAUUUUCUGUCAAGACAGAUCAAAAUACUUUGUAGCCUUGAAGAGCAUUACUAAAUGAAAUUGCCAUUUUACAACCACUUAUAUUCCACAGCUGUUCAUGUCUUUGCCAGCAUUGUGAAUAAGCAGCUUCAGACACUGCUGGUUUUAAGGUGAGAUCCAUACUACAACUUGCCUUUAUCAGCUGGUCUUCUGUCUUCACCAGCCAACAAGGAAACGUUUGACCACCAUUUGAAGCUGGUUGAGCUUGCUCUAGUAGCUACCCCUCCGGUCUUGCCAGCACUCAGGCAUGUCUUGUCUCUCUUGUGAACAGUCCCACUAAACCCAAACCACACAGCUGAUGUGUUUGCAGCAUCGAGCCCCUGGGGCUGCCACUUGACAUCAGUCUACAGACACACACCUCUAUAUUCACAUUGCACUGGCCCGAGAAGAGUGUUACAUUCCCCACCAUCUCUCUCAGAGGAGCCAAAGCCAUUUCAGCUUCAUGCAGCAGCUCUCGUUCUCUCAGACUGGGGUGGGGGUAGAAGGGAGGUGAAGUUCCUCGUGGACUCCAGGGUAAAUCAGAAGUAGCUCGUUAGAGUUAAUUGGCUUAAACUGGAAUAAACCCAGAAUCCAGCCUCUUGCUGUUUAAUCCAUACUAGGAUGUAAGCAAUCAAUGCCUCCUGAUUCAUCUCUAGGAAGUUCUUCACUAAUACACGCAUCUCCUUUUUGUCAUCAUUUCAUCCCUCACCGUUUUCAAGCCACUUACCAUUCAUUGCUAAACUGAACACUUUUUGCUUGUUAUCAAAAGACGUGGCAUUUUAAUUAAAGACAAAUCAACAAGUCAGCAGCAUAAUGGUAAAAAAAAAAAACAACAACAACAAA